AUGCAAGCAGCAGCACCAGCAGCACCAGCAGCAGCAGGAGGAGGGUUGAUACCAUCAUGGUUACAAUCGAUACUUAGAUUCGUUGCAUUCUAUUAUAUCGGGUCAAUGAUCUUUGGCAAGUUAUUGGGAACAUCUGGACCAGCAGCACCUACUCAACCAGUCAACGUUACACUUACAAAUGGAACUACUGUUACAAGACAAUCAACACUUUCAAAUACUUGGUCAACCAAUACUCCAUGGAACCUUCAAAUUUAUCUUUCAGAAUCAAACAAUGAAAUAGGUAAUUGGUUAGUUUGGGAAGAACAAGGUUUUAGAUAUAAUUGGGAAGACAGUAAUACACGUGAAACAAAUGUUUCUUUUAAAUGUCCAGAGAGUUUGAAAAAAAAUAAUGGUACAUUAUACGCACAUAUUUUAGCAAACAAUGAAAGAGAUUCUACUUGGUCUUUAAAACAAGUACAUCCAAUGGUAUCAUUCUUUAAAAAACCAAAACCAGCAGGAAUCAAUUUAAUGGAUAAAAAGGAUGAGAAUAAAUUAAAGGAAAUUGAGGAAUACGAUCCAAAGGAAUUGGUUGGACAUUGGAAACCAACAUUGACCGUUACCUUUGUUGUUGACGAUCAAAAAUAUGGACCAAAUUCACUUCCAGCCGAAGUUAUGGCUCAAUUUAAUAUCACUGGUGAUAAAUACAGUCCAAUCGUCUUUGUCAAUGAAUUUUGGUUAUAUCGUGAACAUUUAACCAUGUUGAAUGAAACUGUAGAAGAUUUAAAUCUUACAAUGUCAAUUUAUCCACUUGGUACUUUCAAGUGGCAAAUGUAUAAUCAAAUGCAAAAAUCACUUGAUAUGCAACAAACCUUUGGAGCAGGUGAAGAGAGUGGAGAUGAUUUUAAACGUAUGUUGACUGACACUAAUCCAUAUUUGAUGGGUGUGACAGUGGUUGUUACUCUUUUACAUACGGUAUUUGAAAUGUUGGCAUUCAAGAAUGACAUUGCCUUUUGGAAGAACAACAAGUCGAUGGAAGGUUUAUCAGUACGUACCAUCAUUUUACACACCAUUUGCCAAUUUAUUGUGUUCCUCUAUCUUUUGGAUAACGAGACUAGUACCAUGAUUCUCGUUAGUGUUGGUUUUGGUCUCUUGAUCGAACUCUGGAAGAUUGGCAAGGCUAUGAACGUGACAUACGAGGUCCGUGACGGUAUCCCACGUUUACUCAUCCAAGACAAGCAAUCCUACGUCUCCAAGACCAAGCAAUACGACGAUAUGGCCAUGAAGUAUUUGUCAUGGGUUUUGGUGCCAUUGGUUAUUGGUACCAGUAUCUACUCUCUCUACUAUGACACUCACAAGAGUUGGUACAGUUGGAUCAUUUCCAGUUUGGUAAAGACUGUCUACACGUUUGAAUUCAUCAUGAUGACCCCACAAUUGUUCAUCAACUACAAGUUAAAGUCUGUCUCUAGAUUACCAUUCAAGGUAUUCAUGUACCGUGCACUCAACACUUUUAUCGACGAUCUCUUUGCCUUUAUCAUCAAGAUGCCACUCAUGCACAGACUCAGUUGUCUUCGUGACGAUAUUGUUUUCAUUAUCUAUGUCUAUCAACGUUGGAUUUAUCCAGUCGAUCCAAAUAGAUCUCAAUAUGGUACUGAAGAUGGUGAAGAAGAAAAGGAAAAGGAAUCUAGUAGUACAACCACUACUCCUGCCAUUGAAUCUUCUAAAAAGGAUGAAAAGAUUAAAGCUAAAAUUGAAGAAAUUAAAGAAGAAUCGGAAGAAUCGGAAGAAUCAGAGGAAGAAUCAGAGGAAGAAGAAAAGGUAGAAGAUAAAAAAGAGGAAAAGGAAAAAUCAACUGCAACAAAGAGAAGAACAAAGAAAAUUUAA